CGUGCCACCAUGGGGCAGGAGAAGUGCGCGUGCGAUCAGGUGGGCUUUGCCCACAUGGUCCUGGCAGAGAUUGAGCCCUGUCCCCAUGCCCCCUCCAGGGGAGGGACUGGCUGGUGUCACCGUCACGGGGGCUGCUGUGCUGCAGGGACAGGCAGCAGUGGGGGCUGUCCCCCCUAACCCCCCAGUCCCCCAGCUGCGCCUCGGACUCGUCCUUCAUGCCAGGGAAGCUGAGGAGGAGCAGAAGGGGGGUGCUGGAGGAGAAGCAGUGGCAGAGCCUGGAGGAGCGGGGCAGCGUGGGUACCCAACUGGGGCACCCCGUGCUCACCAGAUCCAAAACCUGUGACCCUUCCUUCUGCAAGGAGCCAGAGCAGGCUGCGGCUGCGGGCAGGCAGGGACACCCGUCCCCGUCGCUGAGCAAGCGUGCCGCCGGCUACCGCAAAGCCUUCGGGGAGCUUGCCGAGCAGGAACCGCUGCUGGCCUGCUUCUCCUGCGCCUGGCAGAGAGAGGUGCCCUACCACGGCCGCCUCUACAUCUCCUCCCGCCACGUCUGCUUCCACUCCAGCCUCCUGCUCAAGGACAUCAAGGCGGUGGUCCCCGUCACCUCCAUCUCAGCCCUCAAGAAGACCAACACGGCGCUCCUGGUGCCCAAUGCGCUCAGUAUCCGCACGGCCGAGGGGGAGAAGUUCCUCUUCGUGUCGCUGCGCCGGAGGGAGGCCACAUACCAGCUCCUGAAGUCAGUCUGCAAACACCUGCAGGACAACGGCUGGAGCCCUCUGGCCUCUCUGAGCAACGAGGAAAUCCUUAGGAGGCCUCUGACCUCGAGCCAGUCGGACCUGGAGCAGAGCACGCCGGAGCCCAACAGCCUCCAGGAGCUGCUGGAUGGGCCGAGCCCGAUGCCAAGGCAAGCGGAGGAGGAGGAUGGAGAGGCGGCGGUGCUGGCUCUGAGCAGCAGCGAGCAGGUGCCCUUGGCAAAGCCACACAGUCUCCAGGGGGGACAGCACACCACGCUAUGGGUCCGGACCACCGUGCAGCUGAGCGCUCUCAAUGCUGUCAUCCUCAUCUACCUGCUGCUGAUGGUGGCCCUACUGAUGUCCUCGGGGUACAUCGGUCUUCGCAUCCUGGAGCUGGAGCAGCAGCUGGUGUCCAUGGGGGCUUGGCCAGAGCUCAACCUGUCACACCAGUGAGUGGCGGGGGCCAGGGGUCCCUCUGUCCCCAGCGCAGCAGGGACCCUGCCUCCCCCCCAGGUACAAGAAGACACGAGGCCAGCAAGGACACAGCCGUCACCAGGGCCCCAGCCAGGGGACAGGCUCAGCGGCUGCUCCCAGCCCUUCCUCCACCUCUCAGGGAACAGCCGGGGGCUCCGUCACCAAGUGCCUCCCAGCCCCCCCAAUAUGCCUGGGGAGCCCACGCGAGCUGUGGGGUCCAUCUCGCUCCCCCCAUGUCUCCCCACCCUGAGGAGCAGCACGAACCCGGGCAGCUCCCAGGGGGCAAAGAGAAGCAUGCAGGGGCUGGCUGGGGUCAGGCACCCACCACCCCCAGCGACAAAGGGACAGGCGAUUUUAU